AUGCAUGUUUCCGUGGCUCCGUUGUCUGAUGAUCGAUCAGGUGCGCUGAUUUCAUGGCUGCCUCCAGCGACCGGACCUCGCCCAACAAGUCGACAGUCUCGAGCCAACCUCUCAACUGUCCUCAGCUCCCCUCUCCUACCAAGCGUUCCGAUAGGCUACUUGCUUGAGUACCGCCGUCUGUCAUCUGCCCAAGACUGGCAGCAACUGGCCAACCUAGAUGCUUGGCAGACUUCGUAUGAGGCCAAUGAUCUUGUCCCCGGUGAGGCCUAUGAGUUUCGCCUUACCUCCAAGUCGACCGCCGGCCCAGUCUCGAGCUCUUUAGAGCGCCUGUCGUCGACAGCCUCUCUCGGUCUUGCACGCCAGAGCAGCUGGGGCCGAGCUUCCACUUCUAGAUUGCACCGUCAGGAUUCGGCCUCCGUUCUAUCACAGGUUGUCUUCAGCAAGCCGGCGCUAUCGAUGCCAUUCAAGGUGCCGGCCUUCACAAUGCGACCACCUAACUUGUCCGGAGUACUGCGUCUGUGUUCCAGCAAGCGCCCGCUCGCGACACCCGCUGUCGAACUAUCAUGGACUCCUCCUCGCGAGCCACUCUCUGGCUAUAUUAUCGACUUGUACGAUCUUUCCGACACUUCCCAGGGUUGGUGCACUGUGGCACGAGUGUCUGCAAGGGAAUUGGAUGCCCACUUACCGCAGUUUCUUAUCAGUGGCCUGACAUCUGGUCAGUCCUACCGGUUCCGAGUGACAGCUUAUCGAGACGAUUUAAUCGGCCGACCACUCGAGUCCACCUCGACCUUUCGGGUUCCUUUACUUAGCCUUGAGCAACGCUUAGCUGCUGAAGAAGGCACUCAUUACAGCCUUCCACCGCCCUCGGGCCCACUUGAUAUCGUCCGCAUGCCUACCGGUGCUUAUCGCCUCCACUGGCACUCCGCCUCUCUUAGUCGGCCCGACUGGAUGCAUUUACUCGAAGAUACUCUUGAGUACGUCAUUGAGCAACGACUACCUGGCAGGCGAAUGUGGAUGGAGUUGGCAAGAACAAGCAAUCUGACGCAUCUAAUUUGGCUGGAUCAGACCUGCCAACUGCGUAUUCGCACAGGCCUCUCAGAUCGCGGUGUCGACAUACCAGGCCUCCGGUACAACCUGAUUGCAAGCACUGCAGCCCUCAUGUCCGACUGGAUCCGGGUGGACGAACCGACAGACGAGGAGUAUGAUGAGGAGCUACUUGGCCUUAAUCGCGAAACGGAAAGUAUGCACACUGAUAGCCUCGCACCACUCCAGCGCGCCGAAUCUGGAAGCAACAGUCAUCUCUCUAACUUAUUGCCCGACUCCCUUCGCGUGUUACACACUAGUACUAAUUCAGUGCUACUCAGCUGGAAGCCGGUGCCAAAGGCCCAGUCUGACAGGGUGUUGGGCAAUCUUCUUUUGGAAAAACGGCUGAUCGGCACUGGCACUGAUAUCUGGGAGCCUGUAGCCCAGCUGCCAUCCAUGGCCUCUGUGGUGAGCUAUGAGGUGACCGGCCUGCACCCGGGCGUUUCUUACGAUUUCCGUCUGGUCGCCGUCGACAAAUUGGCCAAAGACAAACGCAGUUCACGAGUUCUCUGUCUUCCGGGUCCGGUCACCAUGCUUGGUGUCAUGGAGCCCGGCUUGACUUCAGGCACUUCGAGAGCCGGAUUCCUGCCGCCACCGAGGCGGCUGACUGCCAGAAUACCUGAUCAUACAGAUGGCGAUGAGAUUCACUUUUCUUGGAUCGCCCCUGAACUGAUUGGUUCAGAUCAGAAAGCAGCCACUGCACGACCUCCCUUUGCGCAGCUCCGAUACCGCCUGGAGGCCCGUGCUUCGGAAGCAUCUCAGCUAGACUGGAUCGUGCUGGCCAAAAGCAUCUCGUCCACCACCUAUCAACUCAGGCCGAUUGAUCUUGAGGAGCUGGUGAACACUUCCACAUUGACUGCGGGUCAAGUUAGCUCAGUCAUCCGCUCCGGCCAUGAGGAACCCGGCUCGUCAGGUCGACGUAUUCGACGUACCGUAAGUCUCGAAGAGAUAAGACGGCGGCACUGGUUCUUCCGAGUGAUCGCCAUUUCCGACGGUAUCGAGAGCAUACCGGCCAUGCUUCCGGAGCCGCUAGCUCUGGUUCCGCUACAUCGGCGCAAAGCAAUUCGCUUCCUCCACUUGGACAAUCAACGUAUGAUCAACUGCGCCCUCGGGCAGACGCUUGUGGUCACCAUCGAACUGGAGGGCGAGCCGGUGCCACAUGUGACAUGGCAUCUGAAUCACCAGGAGCUCUACGAAGACGACGAGGCACAGCUAAAAGGCAGGCUGUUGGACUAUAGCAUCAGCCGACUUGGAGAGAAUGCCUUCGAGCUCUGUGUGGAUCGCAUUAAGGCGCAUCACGCCGGGCAACUGGAGUGCCGCGCCUCCAACGUAUACGAGACGCAAAGUGUCGUCUGGCAGCUAAACGUCCUGGCGGCCGCCCGCUUCCGACAUUAUGACUUGAGUGCCUCAGGCAGCAGGGAGUUUACUGUGUUACGCGGCGACUCGUGGAGCAUUCGCCUACCUCUCGAGCUUCCUACCGCCAUGAUUGGUUUGGGCCGCAACUGGAUCACCUCUGUCUGGCUGGAAAGGCUGACGGAUUCUGAGACUGCAGCUGGCCGGCGAUUACGGCGGUGCCUCGACCGGCCGGCACUCGUGCCGCGCGCCCAUCUCGAGGUGGUGGGUGGCGGACGCUGGGUUAAAAUGGAGCUGGAUGCAGUCAGUCUGGCUGACCAGGGCUCCUACAGACUGUGGGUGGAGAACCAGGCCGGCCAGGAUUGUAUAGACCUGGAACUGCGGAUUGAGGAUAGACCGCAGGUUCGACUCCCGCCACCCACCGUCGUGCCGCAUGGCCCGGGCACUUUAGAGGUCCGUUGGUCGGCAGCGAGCAGGCACCACCUGUUACCUGACAGCUCCGACCUGCUGCAGAACAUCCCCUUCACGGGUUACAGGGUCGAGUACCGCCGCGAGCCCACAGCAGGAGCGAAACGAGCCGCGGGUGAUGAGCUGGACGAUGAGGCCAGCUGGCAGCUGCUCGGCACCACCUCUGUGGACGCAACCAGCAUUCCCGUUGGAAGCCUCAUGCAGCCGGACGUCGACUACCGCUUCCGCGUUCGCCUCGAGAACUGGCACGGCCUUGGCCCCGCCAGCUGGCCUAGCGAACCGGCUCGUCUUCUAACGCCGGGCCAACUGGAAACCGUGGAACCGGGGGCUUGGCUACGGCGUCUCUCAAACGAAGCCUUUGAUUCACGAUACACAAUCCAAGAAGAGCUUGCAAGCACGGAGAAUGCUCGAUUGCUGCGCGUUCGCGAGAAGGCCACUGGCCGCCUCUGGCUCUCGAAGGUGGUUGAGAUGGACCAGGCCGACCGAUUUCUUGGCCCGAGGACAACCAAUGCGCUGGCGCAUCGCCUCCUUCAGGGACCACGGAUGUCACCCGAGGAUGCUGAAAUGGAGCACGCGAUGUUCGGCACUUCUGUCACCACUAGCGGCCAACACCUCUCUCACCGAAUCAGUGAACAGAACUCACGGUGGUUUGAGGAGUCGGAAAAGCGCAGGCAGCGUGUCGAGCGAGAAUUACUCCUGCUUGCCAGCUUAGAGCAUCAGAGCCUGUCCAAACUACAUGAAGCCUACGCCGAGGCGAAACGCAUUAUAUGGAUUUUAGAAGAAGGCUCUGGAGCCUCCUUUUCUGAUAAUCCAAAUCGCCCACAAACGAGCCAAAUUUGGCUUUGA